AUGUCACCAGAGAAAUACGAAGGAAAACCUCUCAGAGGUGCACCCCUGUGCAAAAAGCACUUCCUAGACCAUGUACUAGGCCACAAGACAAAAUCAAAGGAACCAACUCGCAUCCAACCACGAAGAGUUGCAAAAGACAAACAUCUCCUGGCGAAGACCAACACAAAGAAACGGCAGUCAGACGAGGAGUUGUCCAGCUCAAGCACGAAGCGAAGAAAGAUUAAUAAACCAUUUACCAGUUUACUCGAACAGCAGGUGAGUCAAAUCACCGAGCAAGCCGCAGAGAAGGGUCCUCAUAACUGUUCGUUUGGUCCUGCGCCAUGGGAAUGCCACAAGUGCAUAUCCUAUUUUGCUGAGUUUGUGGUUGAAAAGCUUGCCAUCGUGAAGCCUGAAGCACCGGUUGCUAACAUGGCUACUGUUGGGAAGAUCUUGAAACUAAACUCCAGAAUGGAUUUUGAGGGAGGCGAAAUGAUCACUUUUGAGUGGGAGGAAAGACCUGAUUUACAGACGGUGAUGGAAGACUUGGGCGAGAAAAGUGAUUGA